UUCUCCAGCUCAUUUUCUAGAUUAGGAACUGAGGCAAGCAAGGCUAAGUGACUUGCCCAGUGUCACCUAACUAGUACGUGUCUGAGGCCAGAUUUGAAUUCUGAUCCUUCUGAUUCCGGGUCUGGCACUCUACUGUACUUCUGAGCUGCUCCAAUAGGACAACAGAGAGAGGACCAGGGACAAGUGAAAUGGAUCCAGGCACAGAUGGCUGAGUGACUGGUGAGUUCUCAGCCUGCUGCCCCAUCACCAACAUCCAGCCCCUUUUUAACAAUGAGCUAGAUGGAGCAGAAAAUAAUAUUAGCCUUCAAGAACAGCAUGUCCACAUUCCUGGUCCCAUAAAACUAAUCAAUGGAAAACAAUUUUCCUGAGCUGAGGCUGAGCUCAUUUUAUGACAAUAACUAGUGAAGCUAAGGGGAAGAAGAGUGUCCUUUUAGUUCCUUUCCUUUGGUGAAUAACUUCUCUACAAACACCUGGUGAAUCCACAGCUGUGGGAACCUGGAUAUAAAGAACAUGAGGGAAACAAGAGUGAGAUCCAUUCUUCUUCUGAACCCUCCCUCAACAGGGUUAAGAUUCUAAGAAGCCCCUAGAGUUUACUAAGUGAGGAAGUGACACAGGAAGCCCGCUGCCUUGGGAAAUCACUUUGACAGCUGGGUCUACAAUGGUGUGGAGUGAAGAAAGAUUUGAGUCGGGAAGACCAACCAGGAGGCUUUCAUAGCUGUUCAAGAAUGAUCUGUGAGCUUGUACCAUCAUGGCAUCUGGAUCGUGUUUGCUGUUUGGCAAGACGUUUUGACCCAGUCGAAACAAUAUCUUGGAAGAGCUUUAACCAUGUGGAUGUUUUCUUGGCCUUGGGUUAACCUGGUGCUUUUAGUGGUGGCUGUAAUAGGCUUACUGGCCAAGACCACACCAUCGACCAAGUUUACCAAGAAGCCUCCUGGAAAAGAUGUCCCAAAGGGUUCGAAGCCAUCCACCAUCCCUCCCUUCAAAGAAGAAACACCUUUUACGGAGGCAGCUGAGAUGGAGAAAAUGACCACCGAGUCUCCUACGAUGACCUCCGCCCAUGGGCCAGAGGCCACUCUCUUCCCCUUUGACAACUUCACUCUGGAUACGGCAGAUUUCUUUUUUAAUUGCUGUGACUGCUGCAUGCCUGCUCCUGGACCCAAAGGAGAACCUGGGGAGCCCGGAUGGCCAGGUCCCAAGGGAGAGACUGGUGAUUUAGGGAAAACAGGUCUUCCUGGAAUUGCUGGGCCACCAGGUACAAAAGGCCACAAAGGAGAAAAGGGAGACAAAGGAGAAUAUGGUGAUCAAGGAGUAAAUGGAGUUCCAGGAUAUCCUGGGAAACCAGGAGAACAAGGCAGACCUGGUCCUAAAGGUGAUAAGGGAAACACUGGACAGACUGGAAUGAAAGGACAAAAAGGAUCCAAGGGGGACAUGUGUGAGAAUGGCACCAAGGGAGAUAAAGGAGACAGUGGAGAUAUGGGGCUACCAGGCUUAAAUGGAGAAACUGGAGUCAAGGGUGAAAAAGGGGAGAUGGGUGAGAAGGGAUUCUGUGGAGAUUCUGGGGAAAGGGGAGGUAAAGGGCAAAAGGGGGAAGCAGGAAUGAAGGGACAAAAAGGUAGCAAAGGAGAUGUUGGGGGAGAAGGCAUCCCAGGUUUAGAUGGGCAACAUGGCACCCCAGGGGAGCCAGGAAUUAAAGGCGAAAAGGGGGAUCUAGGAUCUCCUGGUCUUAUUGGACCUGCUGGACCAAAGGGAAAUCUUGGGGGCAAAGGGACCAGAGGGACUAUUGGGAAAAAAGGUUCUCGGGGUCUCAAGGGCUCAAAGGGGGAAUGUGCUAGUGUCAAAAGAUCAGCAUUCAGUGCUGGCUUAUCUAAGCCUUUCCCUGCUCCCAACAUUCCUAUCAAAUUCGACAAGAUUCUCUAUAAUGAUCAGGGGGAUUACAAUCCAGGAACUGGAAAAUUCAACUGUAGCGUCCCAGGAAUUUAUGUCUUUGCUUACCAUGUCACUGUGAGAGGCAGACCUGCUCGGAUCAGCCUUGUAGCACAAAACAAGAAGCAGGCCAAGUCUCGGGAAACACUUUAUGGCCAAGAAAUCGACCAAGCAUCUUUCCUAACCAUGCUCAAGCUAAAGGCAGGAGACCAAGUCUGGCUGGAAGUUGGGAAAGACUGGAAUGGAGUGUAUGUCAGUGGUGAGGAUGACAGCAUUUUUACGGGGUUCCUAUUGUACCCAGAAGACAUCACUGCUUCUUCACCAUAGAUGUGCUUUCAACAGUAUCAAUAUAGAAUGAAUUUAGUGAUAAAGCAGGGCCACAUAGAUUCACGUUAUUUUUAUAAGACUGUAUUUAUGAGAUGUGCAAGAAAUGGAUUGAUGCUGAAUAAAUCUCUCCCAGGUCUUUCUAAA